ACGCUUGGGUCCUGCGCUCUGAGGAAACCAAGUCUGACGUUUUGUCGAUUUGCGUGUGUUUGUCCGUUUUGACGCUGCUGCUUUUUAGGUUUCUUUGUUCGCUGUUACCCACGCAGUGUGAUGGUUUUCGAUCUUGGGGAGGUCCCUGUUUCGCCAGCUUCCGGUCUGUGUCGUCCUAUUCACGUCCUGACUGCGACUCCGUCUUAAUAACCACCAUGUGCAUUCCGGUACAAUGGGCUCUCCUUUGUCUACCUUAUCUACCUCCUGCUCAUUCCUCUGUUCUCAGAACCAACAAAAGCGACGAUGCAAGGACACACGGGCCGGCUGCUCAAGUCCCUGUGCUUCACGAGCCUCUCCUUCCUGCUGCUGCACAUCAUCUUCCACAUCACGCUGGCGAGCCUCAAGGCCCAGCACCGCAUCGCGCCUGGCUACAACUGCUCAACCUGGGAAAAGACAUUUCGGCAGAUUGGCUUUGAAAGCUUGAAGGGUGCUGACGCUGGCAACGGGAUUCGAGUGUUUGUGCCGGACAUCGGGAUGUUCAUCGCCAGCCUGACCAUCUGGCUCGUCUGCAGGAACAUGGUCCAGAAGCCUGCGCUGGAGGAAGCUGCCCAGGACACCCCAGAGUUUGAAAAUGAAGAACUGGCCAGAGGAGAGAAAAUGGACUCCAAGGAGGCACUGAUCGAGGAUGAGGACCUGGACGGGGCUGGCGUGGAGGACACUGAGGGGGAAAACAGCACCCGGCUGAGGCUGUUCCGCCAGCUGGCCUCGCUGGCCUCACGACUCAAGGAAUUCGUGGGCAACAUGAUCACAACGGCCGGCAAGGUGGUGGUCACCAUCCUCCUGGGCUCCUCAGGCAUGAUGCUGCCCUCGCUGACCUCAGCCGUCUACUUCUUCGUCUUCCUGGGCCUAUGUACCUGGUGGUCCUGGUGCCGCACAUUUGACCCACUGCUGUUCAGCUGCCUCUGUGUCCUGCUGGCCAUCUUCACAGCCGGCCACCUGAUUGGGCUGUACCUGUACCAGUUCCAGUUCUUCCAGGAGGCUGUACCCCCCAAUGACUACUAUGCAAGGUUGUUCGGUAUCAAGUCAGUGAUCCAAACCGACUGUUCCAGUACUUGGAAGAUCAUCGUCAACCCAGACCUGUCCUGGUACCACCACGCCAGCCCCAUCCUGCUGCUGGUCAUGUACUACACGCUGGCCACACUGAUCCGCAUCUGGCUCCAGGAGCCCCUCGUGCCAGACGAGAUGGCCAAGGACGAGGACCGUGCCCUGGGUGACAGCCCCAACCAGCCCUCGGCAGAGCGGCGACGGAGCUUGUGGUACACGGCCCACUACCCUGUCGAUGAGAGGAAGCUUUUAUCCAUGACCCAAGAUGACUACAAGCCAUCUGAUGGCCUGCUGGUGACGGUGAACGGCAACCCUGUGGACUACCAUACCAUCCAUCCGAGCCUGCCCCUGGAGAACGGCCCUGCCAAAGCCGACCUGUACUCCACACCCCGCUACCGAUGGGAGCCUUCGGAGGGGUCCACCGAAAAGAAAGAGGAUGAGGAGUAUGGGAAGGAAGAAUUUGAAGAGGAAGGGAGCCAGGAAGACAAGAGAAGCAUUAAAGUCCAUGCCAUGGUGUCCGUGUUCCAGUUCAUCAUGAAGCAGAGCUACAUCUGUGCCCUCAUUUCCAUGAUGGCCUGGAGCAUCACCUACCACAGCUGGCUGACCUUCGUGCUGCUCAUCUGGUCCUGCACCCUGUGGAUGAUCCGCAGCAGGAGGAAGUACGCCAUGAUCAGCUCCCCUUUCAUGGUCGUCUAUGCCGAUCUGCUGCUGGUGUUGCAGUACAUAUGGAGCUUUGAGCUUCCAGAAAUUAAAAAGGUCCCGGGGUUUCUGGAGAAGAAAAUGCCAGGAGAACUUGCCUCGAAGAUUCUCUUCACCAUCACUUUCUGGCUCCUGCUGCGGCAGCACCUCACGGAGCAAAAAGCCAUUCGGGAAAAGGAAGCUCUUUUGUCGGAAAUCAAAAUAGGAAGUCAGGAAGGUGAAGAAAAAGAUGAGGAACUUGGAGAGGUGCAAGUGGAAGGAGAGCCCAAGGAGAAGGAGGAGGAGGAGGAGCCAAAGGAGGAGAAGCAAGAGAGGAAGAAGGAGGAGGAGGAGGAAGACGAGGAUGACCAGGACAUCAUGAAAGUCCUGGGCAACCUGGUGGUGGCCAUGUUCAUCAAGUACUGGAUCUACGUGUGCGGCGGCAUGUUCUUCUUCGUCAGCUUCGAGGGCAAGAUUGUCAUGUACAAGAUCAUCUACAUGGUGCUCUUCCUUUUCUGCGUGGCCUUGUACCAGGUGCACUACGAGUGGUGGCGGAAGGUGCUGAAGUACUUCUGGAUGUCGGUGGUCAUAUACACCAUGCUGGUGCUCAUCUUCAUCUACACGUACCAGUUUGAGAACUUCCCCAGCUUGUGGGAAAACCUGACCGGACUGCGAAAAGAAAAACUGGAGGACCUGGGCCUGAAGCAGUUCACUGUGGCCGAGCUGUUCACGCGCAUCUUCAUCCCCACCUCCUUCCUGCUCGUGUGCAUCUUACACCUGCACUACUUCCACGACCGCUUCCUGGAGCUCACAGACCUCAAAGCCAUUCCCAGCAAGGAAGACAGCACCAUCUACAGCCAUGCCAAAGUCAAUGGUCGCGUGUAUCUGAUAAUAAAUAGCAUCAAGAAAAAAUUACCAAUCCACCAAAAUGAGUUGGCGCACCCUGAGGGCAGUCUGCCCGACCUGGCCAUGAUGCACCUGACCCCCAGCCUGGACAAGCCCGAGGCCAAGAAGCAGGCGGAGCCGGGGCAGGAGCAGCCGGAGGGACAGGAGCAGACGGAGCAAGGCAGGAAGGGCGAGCUGGCACAGGACUGCGGCGAGGACUCUGAGGAGGAGGAGGUGGAGGAGGAGGUGUCAGAUCUGCGGAACAAGUGGCACCUGGUGAUCGACCGGCUCACAGUGCUCUUCCUGAAGUUCCUGGAGUACUUCCACAAGCUGCAGGUGUUCAUGUGGUGGAUGCUGGAGCUGCACAUCACCAAGAUCGUGUCCUCCUACAUCAUCUGGGUGUCCGUGAAAGAGGUGUCUCUGUUCAACUACGUGUUUCUGAUUUCCUGGGCCUUCGCACUGCCGUACUCCAAGCUCCGCCGUCUGGCUUCCAGUGUCUGCACCGUCUGGACCUGUGUGAUCAUCGUCUGCAAAAUGCUGUACCAGCUCCAAACCAUCAAGCCCAGCUCCUUUUCCAUUAACUGUACAUUGCCAGAUGAAAACCAAACCAACAUACCUCUCAAGGAGCUGAACAAGUCCCUGCUCUACAGCGCCCCCAUCGACCCCACAGAGUGGGUGGGCCUGCGGAAGUCUUCGCCGCUGCUGGUCUACUUGAGGAAUAAUCUCCUGAUGUUGGCCAUCCUGGCCUUCGAAGUCACCAUUUACCGCCACCAGGAGUAUUACCGAGGCCGGAACAACCUGACAGCCCCUGUGUCAAAGACCAUCUUCCACGACAUCACCAGGCUCCACCUGGAUGACGGGCUGGUCAACUGUGCCAAAUAUUUCAUAAACUACUUCUUCUACAAGUUUGGCCUGGAGACCUGUUUCCUACUGUCAGUGAAUGUCAUCGGCCAGAGGAUGGACUUCUACGCCAUGAUCCACGCCUGCUGGCUGAUUGGCGUCCUGUACCGCCGCCGGAGGAAAGCCAUAGCUGAGGUGUGGCCCAAGUACUGUUGCUUCCUGGCCUGCAUCCUCACCCUGCAGUACCUGGUGUGCAUCGGGGUGCCCCCUGCACCCUGCCGAGAUUACCCAUGGAGGCUCAAGGGGGCCGACUUCAAUGACAACAUCAUUAAGUGGCUGUACUUCCCCGACUUCAUCGUGCGGCCCAACCCUGUGUUCCUUGUCUAUGACUUCAUGCUGCUGCUGUGCGCCUCCCUGCAGCGGCAGAUCUUCGAGGACGAGAACAAGGCCGCCGUGCGCAUCAUGGCCGGUGACAACGUCGAGAUCUGCAUGAACCUGGAUGCGGCCUCGUUCAGCCAGCACAACCCUGUCCCAGACUUCAUUCACUGCAGGUCCUACCUGGACAUGUCCAAGGUGAUCAUCUUCAGCUACCUCUUCUGGUUCGUUCUCACCAUCAUCUUCAUCACGGGCACCACCAGGAUCAGCAUCUUCUGCAUGGGCUACUUGGUGGCCUGCUUCUACUUCCUGCUCUUCGGGGGUGACCUGCUGCUGAAGCCCAUCAGGAGCAUCCUGCGCUACUGGGACUGGCUCAUCGCCUACAACGUCUUCGUGAUCACCAUGAAGAAUAUUCUGUCGAUCGGCGCGUGUGGAUACAUCGGGACACUGGUGAAGAACAGCUGCUGGUUGAUCCAGGCCUUCAGCCUGGCCUGCACCGUCAAAGGCUACACAAUGCCUUCCGACGAUGUGUCCUGCAAGCUGCCCAGCGGGGAGGCGGGCAUCAUCUGGGACAGCAUCUGCUUCGCCUUCCUCCUGCUGCAGCGAAGGGUGUUCAUGAGCUACUAUUUCCUGCACGUUGUGGCCGACAUAAAAGCAUCCCAGAUCCUGGCGUCCAGAGGGGCUGAACUUUUCCAGGCCACCAUUGUAAAAGCUGUGAAAGCAAGAAUCGAGGAGGAGAAAAAGUCCAUGGACCAGCUGAAGAGACAGAUGGAUCGCAUCAAGGCCAGGCAGCAGAAGUACAAAAAGGGUAAGGAGAGGAUGCUGAGCUUGACCCAGGAGUCGGGGGAAGGCCAGGACGCCCGGAAACUCUCCGAAGCAGAUGACGAAAGAGAAGCAGACAAACAGAAAGCCAAAGGCAAAAAAAAGCAGUGGUGGCGGCCUUGGGUCGAUCAUGCUUCCAUGGUCAGGAGUGGAGAUUAUUAUUUGUUCGAAACGGAUAGUGAAGAAGAGGAAGAGGAAGAACCGAAGAAAGAGGAUGAGGAGCCCCCGAGAAAGUCAGCGUUCCAGAGAGCUAUUGGGAAGUUUGCGUCAGCCAUUUUAGCCUUGCCAAAGUCUGUCAUUAAACUUCCCAAAACUAUUCUCCAGUAUUUAAUCAGAGCUGCCAAGUUUGUGUAUCAAGCCUGGAUUACUGAUCCUAAGACGGCACUCAGGCAGCGGCACAAGGAGAAGAAAAGGUCUGCAAGAGAAGAACAGAAAUGCAGGAGGAGAGGAUCCCGGGAGGGUCCUGUGGACUGGGAAGACCGAGAGGAGGAGCCAGUCAAAAAGAAAUCCGAUGGACCAGUACACAGCACAGGAGCAACAACUCUGGUCCCUGUGCUGUACGCAGACCUCCAGGCACAAGACACACUGCAGGCCACACACUCGGACCCCUGGCCCAGCUUCCCGCCCGCCUGCCUCCCGGCCCUGGAGCCUGCCCCACGCUCUGCUUUCAAGGGUUCAGCAGUCCAGCGUCCACACCCAAACAACAUCAUCAAGCGGAUAUUCAACAUCGUGAAGUUCACCUGGGUGCUGUUCCUGGCCACCGUGGACAGCUUCACCACGUGGCUCAACUCCAUCUCCAGGGAGCACAUUGACAUCUCCACGGUGCUGCGGAUCGAGCGGUGCAUGCUGACCCGAGAAAUCAAGAAGGGCAACGUCCCGACGCGUGAGAGCAUCCACAUGUACUACCAGAACCACAUCAUGAACCUCUCCCGGGAGUCGGGCCUGGACACCAUCGAGGAGCGGCCCGGAGCCGGGCCAGGGACCCCACCGGCCCACAGGAUGGACAGCUUGGAUUCCCAUGACAGCAUCUCCAGCUGCUACACUGAAGCCACCACGCUGUUUUCAAGGCAGUCCACCCUUGAUGACUUAGAUGGACCAGACCCUGUGCCCAAAACGAGCGAGCGCUCGAGGCCUCGACUCCGUAAAAUGCUCAGCAUGGACAUGUCCUCCUCAUCCGCUGACAGUGGCAGCUUAGCGUCAAGCGAGCCCACGCAGUGCACCAUGCUGUACUCCCGCCAGGGGACCACGGAGACCAUCGAAGAAGUGGAGGCUGAGGCAGAGGAGGAGGCAGUGGGUGCCCAGAUGGAGGAGGAGGAGGAGGAGGAGGAUGACGUGCUGCCACAGCUCUCCACCGAUGAUGGGGACAUGGAGGUGCCGCCCUCCUACAGCAAGGCCGUCAGCUUCGAGCACUUGUCCUUCGGCUCGCAGGACGGUGCCGAGGCCAAGAACCACAUGGUGGUCAGCCCGGACGACAGCCGUACUGAGAAGCUGGAGUCCAGCCUGCUGCCACCCUUGACCCACGAGCUGACGGCCAGUGAGCUGCUGCUCAACAAGAUGUUCCAGGACGACGAGCUGGAGGAGUCUGAGAGGUUCUACGUGGCCCAGCCGCGCUUCCUGCUGCUGUUCUACGCCAUGUACAACACGCUGGUGGCCCGCUCCGAGAUGGUGUGCUACUUCGUGAUCAUCCUCAACCACAUGGUGUCCGCCUCCAUGAUCACGCUGCUGCUGCCCAUCCUCAUCUUCCUGUGGGCCAUGCUUUCCGUGCCCAGGCCCAGCCGGCGCUUCUGGAUGAUGGCCAUCGUCUACACUGAGGUGGCGAUUGUGGUGAAGUAUUUCUUCCAGUUCGGGUUCUUCCCCUGGAACAGGAACGUGGAGAUCUACAAGGACAAGCCCUACCACCCGCCAAACAUCAUCGGGGUGGAGAAGAAGGAGGGCUACGUGCUCUACGACCUCAUCCAGCUGCUGGCGCUCUUCUUCCACCGCUCCAUCCUGAAGUGCCAUGGCUUGUGGGACGAGGAUGAGGCUGUGGACAGCGGCACCGACAAGGACGACUCAGACACUGAGCUGUCCCCUGGCCGCGGCAGGAGGGGCUCUGCGGACUCGCUCAAGUCCAUCAGUCUGGCCGCCUCGGUGGAGUCGGUGCAUGUGGCCUUCCCUGAGCCUCCCAUGGCCUUGUGCAGGAAGCGCUCAAGCAGCAGCUGCCCAGACUCCCCAGGCUCCAGCUUCUCCUCCAACAGGUCCGAAAGAGGCAGCACAAGCACCCAGAACAGCAGCCAGAAGGGCAGUGGUGUCCUGGGCGUGAAGCAGAAGGGCAGGAGGGAGCUGUACGUGAAGAAACUCCAGGAGCACCUGGUCAGGGCCAAGGCCUUCACCAUCCGGAAGACCCUGCAGAUCUACGUGCCCAUCCGGCAGUUCUUCUAUGACCUCAUCCACCCGGACUACAGCGCUGUGACCGACGUGUAUGUGCUCAUGUUCCUGGCCGACACCGUGGACUUCGUCAUCAUCGUCUUCGGCUUUUGGGCCUUCGGGAAACACUCAGCCGCAGCAGACAUUACCUCCUCGCUGUCCGAGGACCAGGUCCCCGGGCCGUUCCUGGUGAUGGUGCUCAUCCAGUUCGGCACCAUGGUGGUGGACCGUGCGCUGUACCUCAGGAAGACUGUGCUGGGCAAGGUCAUCUUCCAGGUCAUCCUCGUGUUCGGAAUUCACUUCUGGAUGUUCUUCAUCCUCCCUGGCGUCACAGAGAGGAAAUUCAGCCAGAACCUGGUCGCUCAGCUCUGGUACUUCGUGAAGUGUGUUUACUUCGGACUGUCUGCCUACCAGAUCCGCUGCGGCUACCCGACACGUGUCCUCGGGAACUUCCUCACCAAGAGCUACAAUUAUGUCAACCUGUUCCUGUUCCAAGGGUUCCGCCUGGUCCCGUUUCUGACCGAGCUGAGGGCAGUGAUGGACUGGGUGUGGACAGACACGACCUUGAGCCUGUCCAGCUGGAUCUGCGUGGAGGACAUCUACGCGCACAUCUUCAUCCUGAAGUGCUGGCGGGAGUCGGAGAAGAGGUACCCUCAGCCACGGGGCCAGAAGAAGAAGAAAGUGGUGAAGUACGGCAUGGGGGGCAUGAUCAUCGUCCUGCUCAUCUGCAUCGUCUGGUUUCCUCUGCUCUUCAUGUCUCUGAUCAAGUCUGUCGCUGGGGUUAUCAACCAGCCCCUGGACGUCUCUGUCACGAUCACCUUGGGAGGGUACCAGCCGAUUUUCACAAUGAGUGCCCAACAAAGCCAGCUGAAAGUCAUGGACAGCCAGAGGUUUGCUGCAUUUAUAAAAAAGUUCUCUAGGGACACCGGUGCUAUGCAAUUUCUGGAAAAUUAUGAAAGAGAAGAUAUAACAGUAGCAGAACUGGAAGGAAACUCAAAUUCUUUGUGGACCAUCAGCCCUCCCAGUAAGCAGAAAAUGAUACAGGAGCUCACGGACCCCAAUAGUAGCUUCUCUGUUGUUUUUUCAUGGAGUAUCCAGAGAAACAUGACUCUGGGUGCAAAAGCAGAAAUAGCAACAGAUAAACUCACAUUUCCUCUUAAAAAUGUCACACGAGAGAGUAUAGCUAAAAUGAUUGCUGGCAAUGACACGGAAAGUUCAAAAACACCUGUGACAAUAGAAAAGAUAUACCCAUAUUACGUGAAAGCACCGAGCGACUCUAACUCAAAACCUAUAAAGCAGCUUUUAUCAGAAAAAGAUUUCAUGAAUAUCACCAUCAUUCUGUCCAGAGACAACACGACUAAGUCCAACAGUGAGUGGUGGGUCCUCAAUCUGACUGGCAACAGGAUAUAUGACCAGGAGUCUCAGGCUUUGGAGCUGAUGGUCUUCAACGACAAGGUCAGCCCGCCCAGCCUGGGGUUCCUGGCCGGCUACGGCAUCAUGGGAUUAUACGCUUCGGUCGUCCUGGUGAUUGGGAAGUUUGUCCGUGAGUUCUUCAGCGGCAUCUCCCACUCCAUCAUGUUCGAAGAGCUUCCGAAUGUGGAUCGGAUUCUGAAGUUAUGCACAGAUAUUUUUUUAGUUCGAGAGACAGGGGAACUGGAACUAGAAGAAGAUCUCUAUGCCAAGUUAAUAUUCCUGUACCGCUCACCAGAGACAAUGAUCAAAUGGACCAGAGAGAAGACAAACUGACGGUGUGGGCCCGAACUGCAAGUCGUGCUAACGUUUGAAUUUGUUUUUACAAAAGCACAAUGUUCUCCUGAGAGCUACGCAUUUCUACUUCCAUGGCAUCGGUUUCUCCCCUGAUGGGUGAGCAAGGGAGCUGACCUCCUUCUGCAGCCCGCGCUUCCUUGCAAGUGGAGGCGCUGCUGAAGAUACUCUUUGUAAUCCCCUUUCUCUGGAAUUAGGGCUACUUGCUUGAUGUUUUAUCAAUGGUGUCUUGCAUUCUGAUUGAGCACAUGGAAGAUCCAGGUAUAGGUUCCUCCUCUCAGACACACAGAGCAGGAAGAAGGACAGAGGUCGUGUUUCACCCUAUGGGGACCAUGUGUCUCCUGGGGCAACACUGUGAGGCCACUGCCAGCUCAUAACCAGCUGGGGAUGCACUGAAGGAGCUCGGUACUCUUCAGCAGCCCAAAUCUGCAGCAGCAGUAAUAGGCAGGAUCCUGGCCAUGUUCCCAAGCAAGAGGGAGGGAACCGGGAGCCCCCGAAGACGCCUGCAGAAAGCCAGCCUCACUCUAAGCAAAAAGAUAACAUUACAGAUACUCUUACUGCCUUAUCUUAACUGAAGAUGAAUAAGAAAUCUUUCCAUUAAACACCAGUGACUUCUCAGGAAAAAUCAAGAAAAGCAGCAAAACCAAUAUGCAGCCACCUGCGUGGUGGAGGUCCCAGGGGACCCUGCAGGAAGUGCAGGCCGCCUGCUUCCGAUGGCUCCUGCUCUGGCCAGAGAGCAGAUGGGAACAGGACAUGGAGACAGCCAGCUGGGAACAGGGACAGGUGCCUCUCCCACCACGGGUCACGGGUGCUCCCGCCCCACCCCGCCUUCCACACGCUCUCUCCCACUUUGAUGAUUUAAGGCAAGGGUUUUUCCAGUAUGUGACAUUUUCCUUCCGGUUUUUCAGGUAUAUCAAAGAGUUUACAUAUUCCAAUUAACAUUUUUACAUCUGAGAUGGGUUUUUUAAGUUCAUAAUUAUGAAAGAAAUAUGUAUAUUGAGCUUGGGGAAAUAAAAAUGGCCUUUUCUUAAAUUAUUAUCAUUGGUAAUACAACCUCCUCCUGAAAUAACAAUGUAGCAUGAAACAUUUAUGACUGAAAUGUAGUUUUCAUUCCAUAUUAAAAAUACAGUUUCUGAGAAGAAUCAUUGAAUGAGCUAGAAUAUGUAAAAAGUGUGAUCAUGUGUGGUCUGGGUUCAGGGCUGACUCCAAAUAAAGCACAUCUUGCAAAGUGAUUGAAAAGAUGU